AUGGCUUAUGUUCGCCCCGAUCCUCCAAAUGGAGGCCUGAGAGCAUGGACGGUGGUAUUAGGCUCUUUUCUGCUUCAAAUGUCCUCUUUUGGAUACUUCAAUACUUGUGGAACCUUCCAAUUUUACUAUCAACAUGUCAUGCUCCCUGAAAAGAAUUCAUCUCAGCUUGCUUGGAUCACUACUCUUCAGAUUGCAUUCUUUUUUGUGUGCGGGCCGGCUGUGGGAAAACUGGUGGAUGUUUAUGGCUCUCGACCAGUCAUUGCUCCAUUCGCUGUCCUUGCCAUUAUCUCUCUUGGUAUGCUAAGCCUUUGCACGGAGUACUAUCAAGUGAUUCUGGCUCAGGGCGUUGCCUUUGGAAUUGCGGUCUCUGGAACCUGCUUGCCAGCUAUCGUGACGGUAUCCCAGUGGUUCUCAACGAAACGAGGAUUGGCUGUUGGUCUUGCGAGUUGUGGAAGCAGUCUUGGAGGGGUUAUUUUUCCCAUCAUGGUUUCUAGACUUAUUACGUCUCAUGGCUUUGCAGACUCCAUGAGAUGGUCAAUGCUCGUUGUUGGUAUAACCAUGUUGAUUGGUGUGUUGCUUUGCGACACCCCCUUUCCACCGCAGCACAAGUUGAAGAACCUCCAGAACGACGAGGAAAAGGGUCAGCAAACAGCCAGGAAGAGCUCCCAGGAUCUAAAAACAGAUGAUGUUGAUUCGUUUGGCAGCAAAGUUGGGGUCGUAGGGUUGGAUUCGCUUAAUUCUGCUACAGCAGCAGUAAACGGGGAGAGUAAUAUGAAGAAAGGACUUAAUGCCCUGUUUGAACGGAAAGCACUUGGUUGGGCUGGCUUCGUUCUCGGAACAUUUUUCUUCAUGUGGUCGUUCCUAGCGCCGUUCAAUUACCUCCCUCUGAUGUCCGUUUCCAGUGGAAUGUCCCCAGAUCUGGCGCAGUACACUCUAACAGUAACCAAUGCCGGCUCUAUGUUUGGUCGCGUUGGUCUCGGUGCUAUGUCCGACAAACUGGGCGCAUUUAAUGUUAUGUGCAUUGUCACUUCCUUCACUGCAGCAUCGGUUCUUGGUUUUUGGUUGCCUUUGAGCUAUAGUCCCUCCACGACAGGUAUAUUUAUCUUUGGGGGAAUCUACGGGGUUGCCAGCGGUGGUUUUAUCAGCUUAGUCGCCCCUUGCGUCGUGUCUCUUGCCAACAGCCAGCUGGAGAACCUAGGAAUUACAUUUGGGCUCGUCUGCAUUGGUCUCGCGUUUGGAGCUCUCGUUGGACUACCAGCAAUGGCAGCUGUCAAGGACGCUGCAGCGUCGCACAGCUUCGAAGACCUAAUUAUCUUCACAGGGAUAAUAUUGGCUGUCGGGUCAGUAUGCAUGAUUGUCGCGCGUGGUAUGAAAGGGGGUGUUAAAGUCUGGACUAAGGUCUGA